CACUUGAACCCCGACAUACCCUCCUCCGCCUCUGAUAGUGCAGGAGUUUGUCAUUUUGGUUUCAAACUCGGGAAGCAUUUUCACAUUUCUAUUGGCAAUUAGGAAAACUGGUCUUCACAACUUUACUUAAUACCCGAUAUUCCCAACGAGGGAGAGGAGCUGGUAUCUCGUCAUUUCCAUGCAUGGGAGUGACAUAGGAGAAGCGAAGGGAGAAGACUGGUUCCGGCCCCUGAGGCAGCACAGAGGCCCCUGACUGAGACGGCAGCAGUAUGAGUGUGGAUGAGGGCCAGUUCUACAGUGUGCAGGUGGGAGACUCCACCUUCACUGUUCUGAAGCGCUACCAGGAGCUCAGGGCCAUCGGCUCCGGGGCACAGGGCAUUGUCUGCUCUGCUCUGGACUCAGUGUUAGGUUUUCCCGUGGCAGUAAAGAAGCUGUGUCGGCCAUUCCAAAACCAGACUCAUGCCAAGCGGGCCUACAGGGAACUGGUGCUGCUCAAAUGUGUCAACCACAAAAACAUUAUCAGGUUGAUCAAUGUGUUCACGCCUCAGAAGUCACUGGAGGAGUUUCAGGACCUCUACCUAGUGAUGGAGCUAAUGGAUGCCAGUCUGUGCCAGGUGAUCCACAUGGACCUGGACCAUGAGAGGAUGUCCUACCUGCUCUACCAGAUCCUCUGUGGCAUCAGACACCUGCACUCCGCUGGCAUCAUCCACAGGGAUCUGAAGCCCAGUAACAUAGUGGUCAAGUCAGACUGUACUCUGAAGAUCCUGGACUUUGGAUUGGCCAGAACGGCCUGCACCAACUUCAUGAUGACCCCUUAUGUGGUGACUAGGUACUACAGGGCCCCAGAGGUCAUCCUGGGCAUGAAGUACAAGGAGAACGUUGACCUGUGGUCCGUUGGCUGCAUCAUGGCUGAGAUGAUUGCACACAAAAUCCUCUUCCCUGGAAAAGACUACAUAGACCAGUGGAACAAGGUGAUUGAGGUGCUGGGUACUCCCUCCAUGGAGUUCAUGAACCGGCUGAUGGAGACUGUGAGGAACUAUGUGAUGAACAAGCCUCAAUACCCAGGGGUCAACUUCGCUGAACUAUUUCCUGACUGGGCCUUCCCCUCUGAUUCCGAACACGACAGACUCAAGACGGGUCAAGCUCGGGACCUGCUGUCCAAAAUGCUAGUGAUCGAUCCCGAGAGCCGCAUCUCAGUGGAAGAGGCCCUGAAUCACCCGUAUAUCCACGUGUGGUACGAUCCAGGAGAGGCAGAUGCGCCUCCCCCACAGAUCUGUGACAAGCAGCUAGAGGAGAGAGAACACAGCAUCGAACAGUGGAAAGAGCUCAUUUAUGAAGAAUUGAUAGACUGGGAGGAGAGGAACAAGAAUGGCGUGACGAAAGAAGAGUCAGAUGCAGUGAGGGGGUUGGCUUCCCAGUCGUCCUCGGCCAAUGACAUCUCGUCCAUGUCAACAGAGCAAACCCUGGCCUCCGACACUGACAGCAGCAGCAUUGACACACUCACUGGACACCUGGACGAGAGCCAAUGAGAUCACACCAGGAAGUGUAUAUUUUUCUCUCUAUUCUAGCUUGCUUUGUCUCACUUACUUCAUAUUUCUUUCCGUAUCCUUUUCUCUCUCUCUAACUUCCAUGCAUAGGUCUAUUUUUCUAAAGGAAAAAUUGUGUGACCUUGGACAGGUAUAGUUUAGCUGUAACCCCAGGGCAGUGUUUCACUUCUAUCCUAAGCCUUAUUUUUCUGACUGUGUGUAAGAGGCGCAAGUUAAAAUAUUAAUAUUUGAAGUUUUCUGUAAUAUAUUCUUCCAUUUUGAAUAUCUGUCUUUAGAAUUCUUGGCAAGGGACUUGAUAUUUACUUUGCCUACCCUUUAAAAAAAAUGUUUUAUUGUUUUUGUUUUCAAUUAAGGUUAUAAAGAUUUUAACCUAAA